GCUGAUGUAAAAUUAUUUUUGUUAUGCAAAAUAUAUGUAUAUUUUUCAGGUUUCCAAGAAGAGGAAUUUUUUAAUGAAUUCAGAAACUGAUCAGGUUUGAAUGACCUAUAAAAUAGUGAUGUAAGAAUGGACCACAUUGGGCUCAUGAGCACUUUUUGUGUUGCUGCACUUGUGCUGUGUUUUGGAUCAGAGCAAUGUGCUUGUGGAAAUCCUGCAAAGCUGCUGCAGCUCACUGCUGAGGGCUUUAAAGAGCAUCUGCAGGCUGGAAAAACAUCUCUCAUUUACUUUGGCAAAUAUGCUGAUCCUGCCAUUCAGACGUUUAUAGAGCAGUUAGAGACGUCCGCUGUGGCAUUGGAGGACUACGGCAUAUUGGUGGCGAUGGUAAACUGCUCCAAAGAAAAUGUCGCAGAUUACUGCACAGAGGAGGAAGUGACACGGAAAGCUUAUUUAUUCAGAGGUGCUGAUGUCUUGAGAAGUUUCGAGACUGACACCAUUUUUGACGUCAAUGCUAUCGUGUCUCAUAUGCUAUUCACAGUGCUCUUCAAUGAGGUUCGCUACAUUCACACACCAGCUGAGUUGGUCAGUGUUGAAAGAGUGGCGAAGGGGAAGACGGAUAUUGUGAUGGGUCACAUACCUGCACUCGGCCUUCCAGAGCACAGGGCUUUAAUGGAGACAGCAUUUGUUUACGGAGGAAAGUACCAGUUUGUGCAGACCACUGGAGCACCUCUGCUCAAACACAUGGGGAUUGCUGAUGCAUCCUCUGUCCAGGCACGUCUCUGGUUCCUCCACUGCGCCAGUUUGUCUCAGUCAUCUGAACCGUGUCCACACACACUCAUGAGAAAGCCACUGAGCACCAUCAACAUACACACCUUCCUUCAGCUGAUGGAGGCACCGGUCCUGAUGGAGGCAGACGUAGAUCCUGAUGACGUGGUUGUGAUCUAUAAUUACCUGAACGUCCCUGUCCUAUUCCUGUUCGCUCAGACCGAGACACUGCACAUGGAUCGAAACACGGCUGAGACUUUGGCCUGGAGGCUACGAGGAGAAAUUGGCCUUGUCCUAAUCCACAGGGACAGUCCCAGGGUAAAAACUCCACUCCGAUAUAACGCUGCAUAUCGACUCUCACAUGAGGAAGUGACGUAUUUUACUUUGAAGAAUGUUGAAGAAGUCGUUAACCUCAUCCGAGGACAACUGUUUCAAGAGGAGAAGGAAGAAGAAGAAGAGGAGGAAGAGGAGCAUCACUGGGCUUCUUUAGAUGUUUUGGAUGAUGAGGUGGCAGAGUCAGUGUACAGAGACCGCGGCGUACCACUGGACAUGGAGUCUGUCUCAGAACUUACAGCUGACACUUUCAGUGUUGCAGUAGCACAGAACAGCCUCACGGUGGUGCUGUUCUAUGUUAAAUGGGAUGCCGUAUCCAUGGCUUUUCUGCAGUCAUAUGUUGAGGUUGCUGAUGUGCUUGAAGGUAUGAGUGAUAUCACACUGGCCUCACUAGACUGUGGUGAGUGGACGUGUAUGUGUCAUGAACAGAAUGUCUCCUCUUUCCCUUCUGUCUUACUGUUCCACCUGGGUGAGGACGCUCGAUACUACAGAGGGAUGAUGGGAACUGAGAGCCUGUAUAAAUUCAUCCUGCUUGGGGGCGUGGUCAAGCGCCGGUCUGUGACAGGAGGGCGGAGUCAGGGAAGAAGUCAUCUCUCCAUCCCUCUCUCUCUGUUCUCCUCGGAUGAAGUCCUGUCGUUCUUGGAAGGAGAUCUGUAUAACAGACACUCUUCUCUCUCGCCCAUCCGAGUGCUUGGUCUUUUCACACCUGGAGAUCCGGAUGUGGGCAUUUUUGAAGAAGCAGCAAAAUAUCUAAGGGGAGAAAUGAUUCUCGGGCUGUUUGAGCAUAAGGAGGCAGAGAGAUGGGCUCAGGAACGCUCUGUAACGCUGCCCGCUCUCCUGGUGUCUCAUGGCCCUGGAGUUCAGAGAAAAGCUCAUUCCCUUUUUUUAUCCACAUUACAGGAGAUGAUCUCACACAUCAGGAGAGCUGCACUUGAUACAUUUCCUGAACUGACAGUAGAGAACCUGCCGUGGUACCUGGAGCUCAGGAAGCCUUUGCUGAUCAUGUUUGUUGGGGGAGAAGAAAGUCCAGAGACUUUGCAAUCUCUAGAGGAGAUGAAGAAAACUGAGAGAAUGGGACAGCUAGACUCAGCACUGCCAUGCUGGAUCCAUCUAGGUCGCACACCUGCUGGAAGGGCUGUCUUAGAGACGUAUCUUAGCUAUGUUCCUCCACUCCCCGCUUUAGUGCUCUCACAGCUGAGCUCAGGUGGAAAGGUGUAUCACUUCCCCACAGAGCGCCCAUUACUGUCUGAAAACAUCAUUCAUUGGCUUCAGCAGAUUGGGAACAACCAGGAGCAAGCUACAGGUGUGAUUCCCGAUAAAGCAUGGCGUCCCCCUGCGCCUUUUUAUGACUUUCUGGCCAUUAUGGAUGAAGAGGCUCCAGGUUAUGCAGCUCAGCAGCACCUUAAAGCAAAGCCUGUGGACAAAAAGGAGGAGGAGGAUGAGGAGACACAGCAUGCUGGAAGAGAAACAGCUUUCAAAUCUCGUACAGCUCCUCAUCAUACUGAACUAUAGACUUUUCUACAGGCACCUCAUCAUAGAUGCCAAAAACAGUCCAUUCAUUAUCCGUAGCCACUUAUCCUGUGCAGGGUCGCAGGCAAGCUGGUGCCUGUCCCAGCUGAUUAUGAGUGAGAGGUGGGGUACACCCUGGACAAGUCGCCAGAUCAUCACAAGGCUAACACAGAAAAAAACAACCAUUCACAGGGCUGACACAUAGAGACAAACAACAAUUCACACUCACAUCUACGGUCAAUUUAGAGCUACCAAUUAGCCUAACCUGCAUGUCUUUGGACUGUGGGGGAAACCGGAGCAGCUGGAGGAAACCCACGCAGACACGGGGAGAAUAUGCAAACUCCACACAGAAACCCUUGUCAGCCACUGAGCUCAAACCUAGAACCUUCUUGUUGUGAGGCGACAGUGCUAAUCACUACACCAAUGUGCCGCUCCAGAAAGAGUCCUGCUAAUAUUUAUAUCAAUAUGAAUAAUUUUUAUACCUCCACACAUCCAGUAUUUGGACCUUCAGUCUACUUACAUUAUUUCCUCCUGUCCUCUCUGACAUCAGAUGCAGUUCAUUAUCAGUGCUCUUCCCAGAUUAGCCUACGUGGCAGUAAGACCACACUUAUUUUUAUUAUGCUUUUGUAUUAUUUAUUAUUUUUAUUAAUGUAUCACUUAACAGAUCAUAUUACACUUAUUCCUUUCCUGUUAUUCAUUUCUUGUCUGAUUUGUCCCAGAAGCUCAGUAAAAAGCCCAGCUAUAGUACCAAUAAGUUCCUGUAAUUAUGUGUUUAUAAUUGAUGAAAAGCUGUGCUUUCAGUUACUGAGUCAUAACUGCUUUUCCAUCAUCCUCUCUUCGUGCCGUUCUGCUUCUGCCUUUGAAAGUAACAUAACAAACCUGUGUUUCAUUUCCUACAUUGUAAUGUCUGCGAUUGUCUUUAAAUAAGAGACGAAGAAAAAAAAACAGGAUUAUUCCAAAGAUCGGAAAAAGGGGAAGAGCUUACAAAUGUCUUACAAAUGGGAGCUCUUAGGUCUUUAUAUAACUUUCAUAUGCUUUAUUUUGUUUUUGAGGUAAAUUGUUUACUUUGUAUUCUUUAAUGCUUGAGAAUAUUAGAGUGGACACUGUAUAUAGUUUUGAGUGGCUAGUUUUAUUCAAUUUUAUGCAAAAUGCAUAAAAUCAUGCAGAUACAAAUCAAGAGCUUCAGUUAAUGUUCACUUCAAACAUCAGCAUGGGAAAAAUUGUGAUCUCAAAGUGUGACUUUCACUGUGGCAUGGGUGUUGGUGCCAGAUGGACUGGUUUGAGUAUUUCAGAAACUGCUGAUCUCCUGGGGUUUUCACACACAACAGUCUCUAGAGUUUACACAGAAUGGUACAAAAACAAAAGACACUGAGUGAGCAACAGUUCUGUGGGUGGAAACAAAUGCCUUGUUGAUAAGAGAGGUCAGAGGAAAAUGGCCAGAUUGGUUCGAGCUGCCAGGAAGGAUAUAGUAACUCAUAUAAUCACUCUUUACAACCCUGGUGAGCAGAAAAGCAUCUCAGCAUGCAACAGCAGAAGACCACACUGGGUUCCACUCCUGCAGCCAAGAACAUGAAUCUUAGAAUCAAGAACAAGUUCCUAUUAAAGUGGCCGGUGAGUGUAAUAAAGUACCUAUUUGAGACAGAACACAUGCUUUUAAUUAUUUAUAAAUUUUGUCCCCCCCACACACACACACCUCUUCAAGAUUCAAUUCAAUUCAAGCAUUUGGAACGGAGCUGUUAAAUUAAUUUUUAAAAAGAUGUUUAUUAAUGAAGUUCAGUAAAACAGUCCAGUAUAAUCUUUGUAUGCCUCAUGUAGGUGAUAUAACACUGAGAAAAUAUGUAUUUUUAUUAAGGCUGUUUUGAAGAGCUAAAGAUUUCUGGAGCUCUUGUAUGAAAAAAAUUGCACAGCAGUUUUGUCCUCCCAGUUCGAACAUAGGGGCAUCACAGUGGUGCAGUGGUUCAUACUGUUGCCUCACAACAAACAGGCCCUUCAUUUAAACUUGCUCAUCGAAUGAGCCUUUCUGUGUGGCGUUCCCAUGUUCUCCUUGUGCCUCCGGUUUCCUCCCACAGUCCAAGGACAUGUAGAUUAGGUCAACUGUUUACUCUAAGAAUGAGUGUGAAUGGUUGUCUGUCUCUCAGUGUUAGCUCUACAAUAGAUUGGCGACCUGCCCAGGGUGUACCCCGCCUCUCACCCAACGUCAGAUGGGAUUGGCUCCAGCUCAGCCAUGACCUGCAAAGGAUAAGCAGUAGAGAUUAAGAAUGAGUGAAUUUCAAUAUAGCAGAGUUUCAAGAGUUUCAUUCCAUAAUGUUUUGCUUUGGGGCAGCCAUGGCCUAAAGGUUAGAGAAGCAGCCUUGGGUCCAAAGAGUUGCUGGUUUGAUUCCCAGGACUGGCAGGAAAAUCCAUGGCUGAAGUGUCCUUGAGCAAGGCGCCUAACCCCAGGUGCUGUGUGUGUGUUUUUUUCACUGUACGUUGUGCUGGAUAAGAGCGUCUACUAAAUGUAAUGCUUUGAUGUGCAAAUUUAAUGUUAACAACAAACUGAGAUAAUCCACCAGCAGGUCCAGUUCUUCCUAUAAGCCUAACCUUUAACCCUAACCCAUAGGACACUGUAUAGAUGACUUGCAACCACAUGAUCAAAAUGUGCUACAUCAUGAGCUUCUGCCACAAUGGUGGAUAUACAAAGCAACUAGAAUGGCAGCCACUGAAAGCGUGUCUGUAAACAAUGCUGAAUUUUCUUAGUAUUACCACAAUUUGAACAGUCGAACGAAGAUUCGAUACAAAGAGAAGAUAGAUAUGUGUGGUUUUGGCCCAUAUUAUUUUAAAAAGUCGCAUUUUUUUGAGGAUAAGAUGCUUCUACCGACCAUCGAGUACCCAGAUGUCGCGUUCUAUCUGGUUUGGCAGACUUCGUGGGUCGACAAAUCUCAAAUGAAGGCUUAUAAGUCCAUGGAAGCCUAUAACUUUUUUGCCUCUGGAUGGGUAAAUACCUUAUUAAUUAAACCAGUCAACGAUGACAAACCAGUUGUACUUGCAAGGGUAAGUUAGGGCUUCUUUUGCAUUUAGUUUACUUCUAUGUGUAAACAGAUGAAGUGUGAAAUUCUG